AUGAAAACUUGCUCUCACGCGCCACCCCUAUUAAAUAUUUCGAAAGAAUGGCAAGGUUAUGAGGGCUUGAAGCAUAUAUAA